GCUCGGCUGUUGUUGCUGUUGAUUCAGACUGUAGCUAGGUGGCUGUUCCAGUGAGGCUGUUCCAGUGAGGCUGUUGUUGCUGUUGAUUCAGACUGUAGCUAGGUGGCUGUUCCAGUGAGGCUGUUCCACUGAGGCUGCUGCUGACUCUCUGUGUGUUUCUUCUUCAGGGUUUAAGGUUCUUCUGAAUACAAGAUGUCUGACAGCGAUGACAGCGACUUCUCCGACAACCAGAGUGGAGGAAGCAGCGACGGAGAGGCCGAGGAGGUGGAGGACAACGAGGAGGAGACCAACAGCCCCGUGGGCAGCGACAAGGUAGCAGAGGAGGAGGGGGAGGACCUCCUGGAAGAUGAGGAGGAGUACGAUGAAGAGGAGGAGGAGGACGACGAUGACCGUCCGAGGAAGAAGCCGAGACACGGAGGCUUCAUCCUGGACGAAGCCGAUGUGGACGAUGAGUAUGAGGACGAGGAAGAUCAGUGGGAGGAAGGAGCUGAAGAUAUUCUGGAGAAAGUUAACGCAGAGGAGGCUGAAGUGUCUAACAUCGACCAUGGGGUUCUGGAUGAAGACCACUCCGGAUCCAGAAGGCUGCAGAACCUCUGGAGAGACUCCAGAGAGGAGGCACUGGGGGAAUAUUACAUGAGGAAAUACGCCAAAUCCUCAGGAGGGGAGCAUUUCUCUGGAGGGUCCGAGGAGCUCUCUGAUGACAUCACCCAGCAGCAGCUACUUCCUGGUGUCAAGGAUCCCAAUCUGUGGACGGUCAAGUGUAAGAUCGGCGAGGAGAGGGCGACGGCCAUCUCUCUGAUGAGGAAGUUCAUCGCCUACCAGUUCACCGACACACCCCUGCAGAUCAAGUCCGUGGUCGCCCCGGAUCACGUCAAAGGUUACAUCUACGUGGAGUCGUACAAGCAGACGCACGUCAAGUCGGCCAUCGAAGGCAUCGGCAACCUGAGGAUGGGCCUCUGGAACCAGCAGAUGGUUCCCAUCAAGGAGAUGACGGACGUCCUCAAGGUCGUCAAAGAGGUCACCAACCUGAAGCCCAAGUCCUGGGUCCGGCUGAAGAGAGGCCUGUACAAGGACGACAUCGCUCAGGUGGACUACGUGGAGCCGAGUCAGAACACCAUCUCCCUGAAGAUGAUCCCUCGUAUCGACCUGGACCGCAUCAAGGCCAAGAUGAGCCUGAAAGACUGGUUCGCUAAGAGGAAGAAGUUUAAGAGACCUACUCAGAGGCUGUUUGAUGCAGAGAAGAUCAGGUCUCUCGGAGGGGAGGUCAGCCACGACGGAGACUUCAUGAUCUUUGAGGGGAACCGUUACAGCCGUAAAGGAUUCCUGUUUAAGAGCUUCGCCAUGUCUGCGGUGAUCACAGACGGAGUGAAGCCCACGCUGUCGGAGCUGGAGAAGUUUGAGGACCAGCCUGAAGGAAUUGACCUGGAGGUGGUCACCGAGUCAGGAAAGGAGCGUGAACACAACCUGCAGGCCGGUGACAACGUGGAGGUUUGUGAAGGAGAGUUGAUCAACCUGCAGGGAAAGAUCCUCAGCGUGGACGGCAACAAGAUCACCAUCAUGCCCAAACACGAAGACCUCAAGGACCCUCUGGAGUUCCCGGCUCACGAGUUGAGAAAAUACUUCCGGAUGGGCGACCACGUGAAGGUGAUCGCCGGGCGAUACGAGGGCGACACCGGCCUCAUCGUCAGAGUGGAGGAGAACUUCGUCAUCCUCUUCUCCGACCUCACCAUGCACGAGUUGAAGGUGUUGCCCAGAGACCUGCAGCUCUGCUCGGAGACGGCGUCCGGCGUCGACGCGGGAGGGCAGCACGAGUGGGGCGAGCUGGUCCAGCUGGACCCGCAGACCGUCGGAGUCAUCGUCCGACUGGAGAGAGAGACGUUUCAGGUGUUGAACAUGCACGGGAAGGUCAUGACGGUGCGGCACCAGGCGGUGAACCGCAGGAAGGACAACCGCUUCGCUGUGGCGCUGGACUCUGAGCAGAACAACAUCCACGUCAAGGACAUCGUCAAGGUCAUCGACGGGCCGCACUCAGGCCGCGAGGGCGAGAUUCGUCACCUGUUCCGAGGCUUCGCCUUCCUCCACUGUAAAAAGUUGGUGGAGAACGGAGGCAUGUUUGUGUGCAAGACCAGACACCUGGUGUUGGCUGGAGGAUCCAAGCCCAGAGACGUGACCAACUUCACCGUUGGAGGAUUCGCUCCGAUGAGCCCUCGCAUCAGCAGUCCCAUGCACCACGGAGGAGGAGGAGCUCCACAGAGAGGAGGAGGAGGAGGAGGAGGUGGAGGAGGUGGAGGAGGAGGAGGAGGAGGAGGAGCGGGGCGAGGCAGAGGACGAAGAGACAACGAGCUGAUUGGUCAGACGGUCCGCAUCUCCCAGGGUCCUUACAAAGGUUACAUUGGUGUGGUGAAGGACGCAACAGAGUCCACAGCCAGAGUGGAGCUGCACUCCACCUGUCAGACCAUCUCUGUAGACCGACAGCGCUUAACUACCAUGGGAGCUAAGAGACACAGCGGGCAGACCUCCACCCACGGGCGUACUCCCAUGUACGGCUCCCAGACUCCCAUGUACGGCACCGGCUCCAGAACGCCCAUGUACGGCUCUCAGACGCCGAUACACGAAGCGGGAAGUCGCACGCCUCACUACGGCUCUCAGACCCCACUGCAUGAUGGGAGCAGGACGCCGGGUCAGAGCGGAGCCUGGGACCCCAGCAACCCCAACACACCUUCCAGGAACGAAGAGGAGUACGACUUCGGCUACGACGACGAGCCCUCCCCGUCCCCUCAGGGCUACGGGGGGACGCCCAACCCGCAGACCCCGGGUUACCCAGAAGUCCCCUCUCCGCAGGUCAACCCUCAGUACAACCCUCAGACGCCUGGCACGCCUGCUAUGUAUAACACAGAGCAGUACUCUCCCUACGCCGCCCCGUCCCCUCAGGGCUCCUACCAGCCCAGUCCCAGUCCUCAGAGCUACCACCAGGUGGCGCCCUCACCGGUCGGCUACCAGAACACACACUCUCCAGCCAGCUACCAUCCAACACCUUCCCCCAUGGCUUAUCAGGCCAGUCCCAGUCCCAGCCCUGUGGGCUACAGCCCCAUGACGCCCGGAGCGCCCUCUCCUGGAGGCUACAACCCUCACACCCCGGGCUCCAACAUCGAGCAGGGCAGCAGCGACUGGGUCACCACCGACAUCCUGGUCAAGGUCAAGGACUCCCUCAUGGACCUGAUGGGGCAGACGGGGGUCAUCAGGAGCGUCACGGGAGGGAUGUGUUCAGUGUUCAUGCAGGAGUCGGAGAAGGUGGUCAGCAUCAGCAGCGAUCACCUGGAGCCCAUCACUCCCACCAAGAACAACAAGGUGAAGGUGAUCCUGGGAGAGGACCGCGAGGCGACGGGGAUCCUGCUGAGUAUCGACGGAGACGACGGCAUCGUCCGCAUGGAGCUGGACGACCAGCUGAAGAUCCUCAACCUGAGGUUCCUGGGACGCCUGGAGCACUGAGAGAGGGAGGGAGACGAGACACUCAAACACAACACAGAGAGAGACGACCACAGAGAGGUGGGAGACACACCGGAGACUGGAACGGGAAUACUGCCGGCUGCAGACACGUCGGGGAUUUUAUUACUUCAUCAAGAGCCAGAACCGCCCACACACUCUCUCACUGCAGAUCUCAUGCGUAGGAGGAAUUCUGUUCGGCGUUACAUCACAUCAAACAUUUCCCUUCCUUUCUGUCAGUCUCUCUGUGUCGAGCUUUCUUUUUUCCAGAACCAUCAUUAGCAGCAGGUCUCUCUCUCUCUCUCUCUCUCUCUCUCUCUGUCUCUCUCUCUCUCUCUCUCUCUCUCUCUCUCUCUCUCACCUCUCUUAUUUUUUAAUUUUCCGUUAGCUUCCCUGUAUUCCUCCUAGUGGUCUGAAUCUGGCUUUUAGUGCUUUCUCAAUGUUCUGUCAGUACUUUUUGUUUUCUUGAUGGAGGAGGUUAAAAACGUGUAACAUGUCAAUAAACUGUGAACCAGUUCA